AUGUGGGACCUUCUGAAUAAAUACCUGACAGUGAACACCACCACCACCACGCCCCCCCUGCCAUCCACCCUUGACGCCCCCAUUGAAACCCUGGCCAACGCUACAGUCGUGCACCACUUUAGCGUGUUUGAUGGCUGUGACGACAUGGUGGAAGGCAUUCUCUUUGACCUGACCGUGCAGACUUUCAACGUGGUGGUGGGAAUUCCUGCCAACAUCAUGGUGAUGGUGAUCCUCAUCCGUAACCGCCACCAGCCCUCCACGUCCGACAUCUUCUUAGGGUGCCUUGCCUUCAUGGAUUUCUACUUUGGUUGCAUGGUACCCCUUAUCUACCUAAAUCUCUACUACUGGGAAAGCAUGAAGAUGUGGUCCGCCUUUAAGUUCUCCUACGGUGUCAAAGACACCAGUGGCCCCCUCUUUCUCUCUUGUAUUUGCCUGGAUCGCUUUGUGGCAGUACUCUGCCCAAUAGCCUUCAGCCAACUCAAAGAUAACAAGUACAGGAUAGGUCUCUCUGUUUUCGUGCUGUGUCUCACCUUUGCCUAUGCUUCGGCCAAGACAGUUGGGGGCCUCCGUGACUUUGAAAAGGUCUUCACUGGUGAGAUCCUGGCAAGCUUCACCUGGAUGGUUUUUUGCAAUAUCGCCAUUCUGUUGGCCUUAAAAAGGUCCCGUGGGGCAGGCAAGGAUGAAAUGCACCCCAUGAAGAAGAAAGCAUUUAACAUGGUGCUUUCCAUCUUGGCUAUCAUUGUGUUUAACUACCUGCCACCUGUAGCUCUGUUCCCCUUCCAGGACUACUACCCGCCACAUGCCUUCCGCUGCUAUGUGCAGCCUGUGGGCUUUGCCUUUGUCAACAUCAGUAGCAGCAUCCAGCCACUAAUCUACCUCUCACGCCUAGAGAAGGUUCCCUUCCUUCCUGACUCCUGCCUGAAGAGAUGGAACACUUCUAAGGAGAAGCCCGAUUCACCUCCUGUUAAUGCUGCUUAA